GAAACAGAAGAACGAACGUCCUUUUCCGCCUGUGUGCGCAGUGUCGCAGCACAUGUGCGAAUAAAAUCAUAAUAAUUGUUUAAAAAUGCGGAUUGAGAAGUGUUAUUUCUGCUCCGCGCCGGUGUAUCCCGGACACGGUAUGAUGUUUGUACGCAACGACUGUAAGGCAUUCAGAUUCUGCCGGUCCAAAUGCCACAAAAACUUCAAGAAGAAGCGAAACCCGAGAAAGACCAGAUGGACGAAGGCGUUCAGGAAGUCAGCGGGCAAAGAGCUGACAGUGGAUAACUCGCUGGAGUUCGAGAAGCGCAGAAAUAUUCCCGUCAAAUACAACAGAGAGCUCUGGAGCAAGACAGUGGAAGCGAUGAAGAAGGUCGAAGCGAUCAAACGGAAACGACAGGCGCGAUUCAUCGUGAACAGGUUGAAGAAAGGAAAAGAGUUGGAGAAGGCGGCAGAUAUCAGCGAGGUCAAGAAAAACAUUCACCUCAUCAAAGCUCCUCACGCAGGUCAAGCCAAACAGCUGGAGGACAAGAUGGUCCAGAAACUGUCAGAAGACGUGGAAAUGGACGAAUGACGUCACAUUUGGACACCGCCGAAGAGUCGAUGAAAUUGAGAUUUCUGUGUUCCACCGAGACUUUAUUGGUUUCUAUCCUCGUACAUCAAGCGUUGUGUCUGUACUGCACCUGAACUCAAUAGAAUUUGCACGAAAUGUAAUUGCAAUAAAAGCGGUCAACAUAC